CUUCAAGGAGGAAACAAAAUUCGAACUUCUAGUCAAAUUUAAUUGAAUAUUAUAAUUUUGGAUGAUACAUUACAUAAACUAAGCUUAUUUAAUUCAAAAAAAUGCCCGGCUGGAAUGCAGAUUCUCCAGGCCUGAUGAUGCUCACGUAAUUGAUGAAUUGGCGAAUAAAGGGCACAGAAGGCACAUGUGGAAAAAUGCAGUAUGCAGUCUGUUGCCUCAAGUGGCAAUAUCAAGUCCAAAAAUUACAUCAUCAUUGUGGCGCAUCAAGCAGCCAGGCACUGCACUGCCGGUUAUCCAAUUAAAACCAAAGAUCAGGGAUAGUUUGGCUGCAACAAAAGUGGGCCGGCCGUCUACAAAUCCAAGUGGUGUAGCUUUGUGUUGUACGCACCAAAGCGGCGCAGCACGCGACAUCUAGGAAAUGAGAGCCGUCUGUUGGUCAGAUGACGACAACUUUUAACCAGCCAGACCGAUAUAUAAGUAUAUAGAUAUAUAUAUAUUUAUAUAUAUGUGCAUGUAUAUGUAUGUACCCGAGUGACAACUGUUGCUGGACCAAGUCAGCUGACUAGUUGUCCAGUGAAAAGCGGUCAUUUGGGUUUUUAGGCGUGUUCCAGCCUGGCUAUUGCCGAGGGAGCAGCAGGUAUUGGAGCGGAGCUGGCGUAGGGGUAGAUGGUAGGGGGGUACAUGCGUGCAUAUGCGUGACAGGCGGAAACUUGUAAUAUCAUAUGCACGCCACAAUUAUGUAAUGAUUCACGAGCAAGUGAAAUACAUGCGGCUCGCGAUCCCGUUACGCAUCCAACUUAAUCGAGUGCCCAACUUUGCUCUACUCCAAUUCAGGUGCCCGCCGUAUCGCCUGAUCUGCCUAACGAUCCUGCUAAUUGCUCUGGCUGCGGCACGUCCGCAGCACAAUUUGCAGCACAUUGCCGUACUGGAGAAUGCCGCCUGGGAGCAAACGUUGCCGCAACAACUGCAGAAUCCCUUCUACAAGACGCCACGCGUCCGGGAGGCCCUAGCCAGAUCGAGCUGGUUCGGUCCCGGCGAGCAGGUGGUUCUUGAACGCCAGGCGGAAAAGAUACCGCGCAUGGAAAUCUAUAAUGUGCUCUCUCACGCAGGUCUCAUACCACGUCGCAAAUAUUUCUAAACAUCUUUCGAUUUACAUUUUGUUACAUUUUACAUAAACUAUCA